AUGAUUACUCCUCUCGAUCAUGUGGCUUUGAUUCCAAUGCGAGGGCGAGAUGUUCAGUUUGAAACUAAGAAAACUUCACGUAGGCAAAAGAGUGAAAAGGAAUUUGAAACUCCUUUGCUACCUUUCGAGAAAGAUGCAAUCAAAAAGAAAACAGCUCGACCUAAAAGCGAAGCCAAAGCGACAUUAUCAGGAUCAUUGAUAGAUAGACAGCCUAAAAAUGCAGAAGGAGUAUAUGCAAUUCGCUUCAAAGAUUCAACUUGGAAAUCAACUUCAACAAAUUGCAGAGAUCAACCACCAACUCGCGACUACGUACAAGGUUUACUUACAAAUUACACUAAAAAUCUUGAUUUAGUUGAUGGAUAUCAAGGCGUAGAUCUUGCUUCUCAAAUGCAAUCUGUGAAUGACUUAAUGCUUGAAGAGCUUAUCAACGAAUUACGUGUUGUCAAUCUUGGGCAAGCUAAGUUACUUGAAUUAUUUAGACAAAGUACAGCUAAAGUUUUCAAUUUAUUAUACGAAGAUGCAGCUAUAUCAAGAAAGGAAAAUAUCCGUCUUAAAACGGAAACUCAGCAAGCUAUUGCUGAUAAAAAUAACGCCAUUACUCAAUGCAAUAUUCGAAUUCAAAAUUCAGAAGAAGAAGCUGCCAGAAAAAUUGCAGAAAAGGAACGAAAACUACAAACAAAAAUGGCCGAAUACGAUAACGACAUGAAGAACUUCCUUGAACAGAAAAGUAAACUCGAAGAUCACGUCAAAGCGUUACAUCAUGUUUUCUUAGACUUCCAACAAGAUGCCGUAUAUCUUAAACUCGAAGAACUCAAACAAGAAGUUCAAAAGAACCAACAGAAACUUACAGAAAAGGACGAAGACAUCGUGAGACUUCAAAUUGCGAUUCAAAAAUGGAAAACAGUUCAUGCAGAGCAACAAAAGAAACAAAGUGAUUUAGAAGAUGCUAAUCAGUUACUUAGAGAACAAUUGCAAGGCGAGCAACUCAGUCUCAUGCAAUUGCAAAGGCAAUAUGAUAAUCUAAAAGCUGAUUACGAUGCAUUGACAAAUGCUGUUCCAGAAGAACUCACGAAAUCACAAGAAUUAUUGAAGGAAAUCAACGAAUUAACAGCAGAUAGUGGUAAUAAAGAUGAGAACAUACAUACACCAUUAGUUGCUCUUUCUCCUUCGCGAAGGAAACUUCAACAAGCAGGUGGAUUUAAUUUCGAUGGAACACAGUUUAUUUCUGUUUACCAAAAAAUGGCAAAAGUUGAAUUAAACUGCCAGAAAUUCAUAGAAAACGCUACUGGAUCUCCUCCACAAUACAAGAAAUCAUCAGAUGAAGCAAACGAAACUAAGUUGGUCAGUGGAAAUCCUGAAGUUGCUUUGUCAGCUCUUUCCAACAAAAUUGAUGAUUUAAAUGAGUUGUCAAAUAUCAUCAAUGAAGUGAAAAUAGGAGGAUACACAGGAGGAAGUAAUUGCAGAUUCGUACAGUUCUUCAGUAUGGGCAUUGCUGGAAAACCUGCAAUGAAAACUGAGUCGAAAGCAAACCUUCAAAACUUGAUUCGAAAAUUAUUUAACGCAAAAUUUUUGUCAGAUGAAUGGAACAUCAGAGGAAAACUUCCUUUGACUCCUUUCCCUGACUUUGUUUUAUCAUACUUCUAUAAUGAAGAAGGAAGAAUGUCUUACGCUUUGCACGAAUGCAGUAAUUUAUGGAAGAAAUUACAAGAAGAAGAGAAAAAUAACCAAAAAAUUUUGCCAGAAACUAAACUUUUUAUCAAGUUUUUGAAAGAAGAACUGACAACUGAUGAAUUAUCAUUCUUCCUACAUAUAAGAUAUAGAUUAUUAGGCAUGCUAAAGCUGAAAGACGAAGAAAACGAAAUCAUCAAAAUUCCAUUUGGCUCAUGUGUUGAAUUGCUUGAUACAAUACUUGGAACACUUAGUCCUGUUAAAGAAGGUGUUGCAAAACAAGCUGAAAGAUUGUCUGAUAAAGGAAUCAUCGACAUUUGUGAUUUCUUAACUGUUUUUGUUGAUUUUUACAGGAACCAAAGAAUGCAAAGAAGAGAAGCAAUCAAAAUCAUGAUCACUUCCAAGAAAUUUAAUAAUGAUGUAGAGACAUCAAUCUCUCUUGAGCUCUUCACAUCAAUGAUGCAAGCACUAGGAUUCGCCGGAAGCAUUGAAGAUUUACUGUCACUAUAUAAAAUUUCCAUUUUGUUUGGUGGAGGCGAAAUCACUGUUGAUGGAGUCAUGAGAGCCAUGGAUAGCUUGGCAAUGCACUUCUACUCUAUCGAUGUACCUGUCGAUGUCGAUAAGUCAAUGGAAAGUACAGAACUUGCAAGGCAAAUGGUCACAGAACAUUGGAUGAAGUUCGGCCAAUGGUUUGAUGGUCUCAGAAAAUCUAAUGAAAUUGACCCAUGGGCUAAAUCUAUAAUGGUCAAAGCUGUACGGAAAGUUGAACAAAGUUUCCAACAGAAUAUGGCAGCCCCAACAAUGUUUCAUACUUUGAGAGAUCUUUAUGAUAAGAUGCAAUUUGUACUUGCAAUAUUGAUUAGAGGCGUUCCUAGACCAUUAGAUAAAGAUACAUGUGAUAAACAGCUGAAGUUGCUGGAAAAUCUCAACACCUUCUUAAUGGAUACCGCUGUUGAAGCAAAAGUUGCUUAG